UCGUUCUAAUUAAUGUUUAUUGAAUUAAAUAAUUAUAAACAUGUUUAUCUUAAUAUUGUCUUUAUAUAUUAAUUAGGUCGGUUUUGACGAUACAAUCAUGUGCCGGACUUAAGACUACUAUUCGAGUCAAAAUAAAUCUCUUAUUGCUACAUUCUUGUUUAAAAUUAUUGUUUUUUUUAUAUAAUUAUAAUCAUUAUCAAAAAAUAUUUUAAUUAAAUCGAUAGAGAUUUGUAAUAUAACAAAUAUUAUUAAUUUUAUAUCAUGUAUUUAUGGAAAUGUGUUGACUAGACAGCAGUCAAAAUCCGGCGAUCGUCACAAGCUGAGGCGUUAGUAUUUCGUGGCUUUUUUAUGUCGGAGUUUUCGUUUAAUGAAGACGUGAAUAUUCACAAUGCCGGAUAUAGAAUCCUUCGAUGAUAUAGUGGUAACUACUACCUCCACUAUACCGGUAGCACUUUCUGCCGAGUUACCAGAAAUCAAAUUGUUUGGUCGCUGGAAUUGUGAUGAUGUACAAGUCAAUGAUAUGUCUUUGCAAGAUUACAUUGCUGUAAAAGAAAAAAAUGCUAAAUAUCUACCGCACUCUGCUGGCCGUUAUGCUGCUAAACGUUUUAGGAAAGCUCAAUGUCCUAUCGUAGAGCGCUUAACAAAUUCCUUGAUGAUGCAUGGAAGAAACAAUGGCAAGAAAUUAAUGGCUGUUAGAAUUGUCAAACACGCAUUUGAAAUUAUUCACCUUCUUACUGGUGAUAAUCCUUUGCAGGUUCUUGUCACAGCCAUUAUUAAUUCGGGACCAAGAGAAGACUCAACCCGUAUUGGUCGUGCUGGUACAGUAAGGAGACAAGCUGUAGAUGUUUCUCCAUUACGUCGUGUUAAUCAAGCUAUUUGGUUAUUGUGCACUGGUGCAAGAGAAGCAGCAUUCCGCAACAUAAAAACAAUCGCUGAAUGUUUAGCUGAUGAACUUAUCAAUGCUGCAAAAGGAUCAUCAAAUUCGUAUGCGAUAAAAAAGAAGGAUGAACUAGAACGUGUCGCAAAAUCUAAUCGAUAAGAACCAUUCAUUUGUUAAGCAUUUACAUAAAUCUUAUGUUUACCAAAAUGUUUAUUCUCAUUAAAUGCCACUUUAUGUAUAUAGUACA